AUGAACGGCAAUAAUACGGAAUCCGAAAUGCUAGAGGGUCCAUCGCCGUCGCUGACGGUCCCUCCGCCACCAGAUGGGGGCAUGAAAGCCUGGACGCAGGCCGUAAUGGGGCAUCUAGUGGCUUUCAAUACUUGGGGCUAUAUAGCCAGCUUUGGCGUAUUCCAAGCUUAUUACCAAUCCGAACUCGGAGUUUCACCAUCGGCCAUUUCGUGGGUGGGAUCUGUGCAGGUCUUUCUCAUUUUCUUCGUCGGGACCUUUUCCGGCCGUGCAUUGGACGCCGGUUUUUUCUACCAUGUGUACUACGCUGGGGUAAUCUUACAGUUACUAGGGGUCUUCAUGACUUCCCUCGCCACCCAAUAUUGGCAACUAUUUCUUGCCCAGGGGAUCUGCACUGGCCUUGGCAGUGGUCUGCAGUUCUGCCCCGUGAUGGGACUUGUGGCCACCUACUUCUCCAGCCGCAGGGUAUUUGCCUUGGCAUUUAGUCUCGUCGGGAGCGGCACCGGCGGUAUGCUCUUCUCGGGUCUAGUAAAGAUCCUCAUGCCAAGCAUUGGAUUCGGAUGGACGGUGCGAGUGCUAGGCUUCGUGAUGGUGGCUACAAGCAUACCGACGACGUUGCUACUCCGGCCGCGACUGCCCCCGCGUAGAUCGGGUCCAUUAGUCGAUUGGGUCGCCUUGAAAGAGCCCACCUACAUUCUGUUCAUCCUCGGCAUGUUUUUGAACUUCUGGGGGCUUUAUUUCGCCUUCUACUAUGUCGGAGCUUUUGGUCGCACCGCCCUUGGCUUGACGUACUCGGAUUCAACCACAUUGAUCAUCGUGACCAACGGGGCAGGAAUUUUCGGGCGGCUUAUUCCUGCCUACCUAGCGGAUCGAUACUUUGGGCCUCUGAAUGCUAUCAUUCCUUUAAGUAUCGGGGCUAGCCUGAUGAUGUUUUGUUGGGCCGCAGUGGACUCGAGCGCGGGUCUCUACGUUUUCGCUGUCUUAUAUGGCAUAUUUUCCAACGGUAUACAAGGCCUCUGGCCUUCUACACUCUCCAGCUUGACACCAGAUCUGAGCAAGACUGGGGUCCGCAUCGGCAUGGGAUUCACCAUUGUCAGCUUUGCCUGCUUGACGGGUCCACCUCUCGGCGGAGCUCUCAUUGCAAGGGCACAUGGUUACAUCGGUGCCCAGAUAUGGGGUGGGUUGUCUUUUCUUCUUGGCGCCGUGAUCCUUGUGAGCGCUCGGCUGUUAAAAACUGGAACCACCAUGAAGGCCAAGAUUUGA